CGCGGACUCAUUUGCACGCAGCGACCGGACGCGGCGCCAGCGACCGCGUACGCACGAUCUGAAGCAGCCCCACGCCGCACAAUGGCCGCCGCGGUGGAGACUGAGGCCCAAAAAUACAUCCGAGAGAAUGGUUUGGCACCUCGCGCCGUCCCGGAGCUCGACGAGGCGCUGAAGGAAGCCCUACGAGGCCCCAAAGUGACCCAGUGCCAGGGCUGGGACGGCCAGGGCCGCCUCGCGCCCUACGCCGAGCUCAAAGAAACGAUGACGCAGACGUAUCGAUUGUUGGGCGAGGAGUGCGUCGUGCAGGGAUGCACGAACAAGGUCGACGCCCCGAAGUACGUCAUGGAGCUCGUGGGCGGGCCGGUCUGCAUGGCCUGCGGCCAGAAGAUCGUGCUCCAGGAGUUCCGCGGGAAGAGCAGUAAGCCGUUCGAACCGGAGUUCGAGCAGCCGACGCACGAGGACAUCGUCCGCGCCAAGGAGGCGGGGCUGAAGCUGCCGGCCUGGGCCGAGGAGGCGCUCGCGGCCGAGGGCGGGUGA